GUUUGACGAAAUGUUCGAGGAGGACGACGGUGUCGGGCAUCCUUAAAGAGGUUCCUUUUUCGCUUGAACCUUAGCUUAAGUGCGCAUUCCGCGAUACAAACGCGAGAACUCAUCUGAAGUAUUGUUUAAGGGUGUUUUACUUUUUUACUUCUGUUGGCAUUUACUGUCCCUCCAACUAUGAACUUUGUAUGCUCCCUACAUGUAUCAUUGCGUUGAAUUGAUCUAUUUUUUACCAAUCAACAGCUAGCGACUGUGUUACUAUUGAAGAAUAAAUUCUUUUGAAUCUGUAUAAUCAGGAUAAUCAGGGCAAACCUCACAAACAUUCCGAUCAAAUAACAUCCGAUGGAUUAUUUUACAUUCCAGUUCGGAUCCUCGACACACACACACACAAUGCUGUUCAAGCACCUUUCCCGACUGCUCCCGGCCACUGGCAUCCGGCUGUACGCAACGGCCGAGAAGAGUGCGCUCGCGACGCUGCGCAAAAAGACGGGCUACACCUUUGCCAACUGCAAGAAAGCACUCGAACUGCACAACAACGAUCUGGCGAAGGCCGAACAGUGGCUGAAGGAGCAGGCAACGGCCAUGGGCUGGUCGAAGGCGACCAAGCUCGAGGGGCGCAAUACGGCCCAAGGGCUGAUCGGGGUGCUGGUGCAGCGAAAUGUCGGCGCGAUGGUGGAGGUCAACUGUGAGACAGACUUUGUGGCCCGCAACGCAAGCUUCCAGCGGUUUGUGCAGGUGGCAUCGGCCGCCUGUGUGCGGCACCUGGAGAACGUCGAGUCCGACGCCAACCUGACCAAGGUGGGCCUGAACAGUGAGGCGCUGAAGCAGAUCGUGCUGGACGAUGGCAAAUCGUUGGGCGACCAUCUGGCGCUGAUGAUCGGUACGGUUGGGGAGAAUGCGUCGCUCAACAGGGCGAUCUGCUACAAAGUGCCAGACAGCAUACAGCUGACGGGCUACGUACAUCCCGCGCCGAGCGAAGAAAUCCCGCACGAUGUCCCGCUGCUCGGCAAGUACGGCAGCCUGGUCGCAUUUAAGUCGGAACAUUCCACAGUGCAGGAGGGGGCGGACGGUGCCGAGCUAAGCCCGGCCCAGGUCGCGCGCAAAGUGUGCCAACACAUCGUGGGCAUGAAGCCGGAACGUAUCGGUGUGCCGGGCAAGGAUGAACCGGCCGCCGAUAAGGACGACGAAACGUGCCUGAUCCAUCAGGAGUAUCUGGUCGAUCCGGCCUACACGGUGGGCGAGGUGCUCGAGGCGAACCGGUUGCAGAUUGUCGACUUUCAGCGGUUCGCUUGCGGUGAGAAGAGCCAGUCCGAGGAGCAAAACGUUCGUGCCGCGACGAACUAGGGAGCUGGGAAAGGGUUGGACCACGUGUGUAGCAUAGUCACAAAAGAAUAAAAUCUCUCAAGGAAGAGAUUCUGCACCGUUUCCAUGUUACAA